AUGAUAGAAUUUGUCCUAGAGAACCGAACUGGUCUUGUAAUCGGUGCUGCCAUUCUGUGGUGCGUCUACGCAUUCAACUUGGUUGUGCAUCGUUUGUAUUUUCAUCCGCUUGCAAAGUUCCCCGGCCCAAAGAUAGCAGCUGCAACACAAUGGUACGAGACGUAUUUCGACAUUGUGAAGAAAGGUGGUGGACAGUUUACGUUUGAGGUCAAGCGCAUGCACAAGAAGUAUGGUCCUAUUGUACGCAUCAAUCCUCACGAACUCCACAUCGAUGACCCAGCCUACUAUGAGGUGGUGUAUCCCACCAACAAGCCAGUCGACAAGCUUGAGUUCUUCUCCCACCAAUUCAAUAUGCCUGACACAGUGGCUCCCACCUGUCCCGCUGCACUGCACCGCUCCCGCCGCCAAGCUCUGGCACCUAUGUUCAGCCGCAAGCGCAUCAUCGAACACGGCUCGAGCAUCCAGCAUAUCGUCGACCAGCUCUCGUAUCACCUGGACAACGAACACGUGGGCACUGGCGUUCCCACCAACAUCUCCCACAUGUGGGCCGCGUCCGUCACCGACGUUAUCAUCAACAUCGUCUUCGGCGAGCCGAGCCACUACCUCGAUGCCCCCGCCUUCUCUGACCCAUUCCCUCUCGCUGUACGAAACAUCUCACAAUUGACUCACACGCUGAACCAUUUUGGGUUUCUGAUGAGGAAGGUACCCCUCACCUGGCUCAAGCCCUUCUUGCCGGACCUGCGGUGCUUUCUUGGUUUUCGGGACACACUCGAGGCUAAGAUCAGCUUGCUGAUGCGCGAGGACCGGAAGCAGGAUUUCGAAAACUCGGCAGUGCGCACCCUGUUUCACGAGAUGAUGGAUUCCAAGCUAUCGCCGCAGGACCUGCGGCUGCAGAGGGUCGUGGACGAGGCUAUGCUGAUGAUCGGGGCGGGCAUCGAGUCGAGCAAGCAGGCGCUAACGGUGGCGUGCUUCUACGUGCUUACGGAUCCCGAGAUCGAGGCGCGGCUAAGGGCCGAGUUGGAGGCGGGAAUUCCGGACCCAGAGCAGAUGCCGCAUUUUCAGGAACUGGAGAGCCUGGAAUAUCUGGAGGCAGUUAUGAAUGAGGCCCUCCGUCUCUCCAUGGGCGCCGUCCAACGUCUCCCCCGCAUCCGCCGCGACACCCACCUCACCUACGGGGCCUGGACGAUCCCCGCCAAUACGCCCGUCAGCCAAGACAACUACUCUAACAACCUCAACGACGUUGUCUUCCCCGAGCCAGACCGCUUCCUUCCCUCCCGCUGGCUGGGCAACCCCAAAGUACCCGCGACGAAGCCGUUGGUCAAGGAUGGAAUCCUACCGGCAGAAGAGAGGCCGCUGGGUCACUACAUGACAAGCUUUUCCAAGGGGACCAGGAUGUGUUUAGGGACUACUUCUGUACCAUGCUUAAACCUCGCAAAAGCAGAUUUACUUGUCUCGUUGGCGAUGCUGUUCCGUAAGCACAAGAUGCGCCUGCACGAGUCGUCGAGCGAGGAAGAUGUAAAGAUGGCAUAUGACAUGUUUGUGCCGCAGCCGAAGAAGGAUUCAAAGGGGGUGUUUGUGAUUUUUGAGAAGUAG